AUGUCCCCGAAGUCGCCGUCGCACUGUCACCCUCGCGCCUCUUCUACUGCUCAGCAGAACGUGCAGACGAAGAUGACGGCGGCGGCGGCGGCGAAAAAUGGGACAGCAGUUUUGGGAGAAGGCGUCGUCUUCGGAGACGUUGGCGCCAUGACCGUCUUGCUCCCCAAGGACAUUGAGCUUGUGGACAAAUUCGACGACCCACUUUCAGCAGUUCCUUCUUCGUCUCUUUCGCUUCCUGGUCUCCAGUUCCCCGUUCGGCUCCCGAACAUUGGCCUUGCAAUCCGAGAUAUCACGAAGACUAGAGAAGUUGGGGAGUUCCUUAGUGGUGCAUUAGCCGGGGCGAUGUCUAAAGCUGUCCUUGCUCCAUUGGAGACCAUCAGAACAAGGAUGAUUGUCGGUGUUGGAUCUAAAAACAUUCCUGGAAGUUUCAUUGAAGUUGUUCAGCAACAAGGCUGGCAAGGGCUGUGGGCUGGGAAUGCUAUCAAUAUGCUUCGUAUUGUCCCCACUCAAGCAAUUGAGCUUGGUACAUUUGAGUGUGUCAAGCGGGCCGUUACUUCAGCACAAGAGAAAAGUAAACAGUCUGAAUGUCCAAGAGUGAAAAUUGGUCCCAUCAGUUUGAACUUUUCUCUUAACUUCAUCCCUCCUGUUGCUGUUGCUGGUGCUGCUGCUGGAUUUGCUAGCACUCUUGUAUGCCAUCCGCUUGAGGUUUUGAAGGAUCGACUGACUGUGAGCCCUGACUUAUAUCCUAACCUAACUCUAGCAAUUGGUAGAAUAUACAAGGAUGGAGGGGUUGGUGCCUUUUAUGCUGGCCUUAAACCUACACUGAUCGGCAUGCUUCCAUAUAGUACGUGCUACUAUUUCAUGUAUGAUACCGUUAAGAGAUCGUAUUGCAAGUCAAAGAAUAAGAAGUCGUUAAGUCGCCCGGAGAUGCUUGUCAUUGGAGCUCUUGCAGGAUUGACGGCUAGCACCAUCAGCUUUCCAUUGGAGGUAGCCAGGAAACGACUAAUGGUGGGAGCUUUGAAGGGUAAAUGCCCGCCGAACAUGGCAGCAGCGCUCUCGGAAGUAAUCCGGGAGGAGGGACUACUGGGAGUAUACAGAGGCUGGGGUGCAAGUUGUUUGAAAGUCAUGCCCAACUCUGGCAUCACUUGGGUGUUCUACGAAGCUUGGAAAGACGUACUCCUCGGCGAAAAGCGGCUUUCUUGA